AUGCGUCUUCUUUUGCUCAUUUUGGCCAUUCUACUGAUGAUAUUACGAGAAAGUGCGGCUGAAGUCGUGGUUCGUUAUUUUUUUUCGGGAUAUUAUCUAUUUCCGCAAUUAUUGAAUUUCACAUUGUCAGAGUUAAAAUCUGUUUUUACUUCUUUUCACUUUUUUAGUCCGGAAAUCUCAAAAUUUUCAUAUCUAUAGUUCGCGAAUCCACAAAUUUUCUAUUCCGAAGCCUAACAAUGGUGGUAAUUUUACUUCGCACUUGUGAAUUUCCGGAAAAUUGGCCAGGACACUUCUUGAGAUACUAGAUGAAGAUUCUGACAGUCUCAACCUGCAAAACUGCCUAGUUUUCGAGAAAUAGGGCUAAGAGCCCCAAAAUAGCCUAAUUUCAUGAAUUUUAGGGUUGUCUUUCUCGAACACUAGAAAGUUUUGCAGGUUGAGAAUUUCAGAAUCUUCUCCUGGUACAUCGAAGAGCGUUCUGGCCGGUUUUCAGGAAAAUCCCAACCGCAAAGUAAAAUGACUUUUCUUGUGAGGAUCUGAAAUUUUUUCUUCCUACCGCCCAAAAAUUUCGGAGUUUUCAUCUUUCUGAUCCGAAAAUCUCAAAAUUUUAUACUUCCAAUGUCUAAACGGUUCAAAAUUCCCAUUUCUGAUGCCUAAUAAGCUUAUAAUUUCCAUUACGUGGUCCAUAAAUUUAAUAAAUCAUUUCAAAAUUUUCUUUUUUUAUAAUUCAAAAGUCGUUCUUUUCCUAAAAAUUGAAAUAUUGUUGCAGACGGGGACCUGUGCCGAGAAAUGCGCGGAGCAGUUUCUGCAGACGAUGGCCGACCAUCCGGAAUACACCUCCCAGCAGUUCAAAGCCAGCUCUUUGGCUUGUAUCAACGACUGUCACGACGGCAAAUUAUGA